CAACAUUGUACUAUCUUUCUUUCCAUAUAAAUUGAUAAAAUCAUUGAUAGUUUUUAAUUAAAUGAACACGUACAAUCUCUGCGGCGCACUGUCGCCACAAGCGCUGCACACACUUGCGCACAAGAUCACCAGUGCGCGCAAAUGCUGCUCGCAAGGCAUUGCCGCCCUGGCCUCGCAGUACUGCCAGCGACUGGAGCGUGAUGUCACCGAUAUGCCUGGAAAUCCUGAGAUCUCAGACUUGGUGGGAUUCAGGCGGUUUGUGGACUUUUUGCAAGGCAUCCACGUUCUUCAUGAAGAGUUCAAGCAUAAAGCUGAUGGAAAAAAAUCAGACUUGGCAGACUCGGCGUGGCGGGCACUAAUGUUCGGCGUGUUCAAUGACAGAGUGCAUGCGUGGCUCGAGGAGUGGAUAUAUGCAGCCACGUCGUGCUUACUGACGACAGCAGAGGACAGUAGUAACAAUCAGCAGCAGAAGCAAACAGACGGGCUGGACAUCAGUAGACCAAUCUCAGGCUUGUCCAGCAGUCCGGACGACACUCGACUGUUCAAUGAGGUACUGAAACAAGGGUGUCAACUGCUCACUACAAUCCACGCGUUAGAGUAUGUCAAAUGUGCGAUCAACAGCGGCGUGGGCAGGGCCAUCCGAGUGCUGGUGCAAAGACAAGCAGGCCAGUGGACCACGCCCGCGCUGGACCGCCUCACAUCCAUUGUCAGCCAAUCAGCCGGCGUCCUCUGCGCCCACCUGCCAAACGAUGCAUUGCGAGCAACGCACACAGCCACGCUGCGCGCGCAUUUUUCGCAGCUGCGCGUGUCCGAGCUCUUCUCUAUCAUCACAGAUUACCCAGCGUCGCUGCCAGCCAUCAUCGACCUGCGCGCCAGCCAGCCGCCGCUUGGCGAGAUGGCCCGCUCGCUGCGUGCCUCAAUGCAAAGGCGGCUGCUGCACCAGGCAGCCACCACGGCGGAUAUCCUGACGCAGUACAUAUCCACGAUCCGCGUGCUGCGGCUGCUUGACCCGACCAGCACGGCGCUCGAGAUCGUCGCGCGGCCAUUGCGCUCCUAUCUGCGCAGCCGGCCGGACACCGUGGCGUGCGUGGUCCAGGACAUGGUAGCCGAGCACAGCGAGCUCUUCGAGGACCUGGCUUCUGCUGACACUGCUGCUGGUGCAAAUGCAGAGCCCAUGCAUGGAUUCAACGAGGACGGACUGUCAUACGAUCAGGACUACGCACUUCCGUGGGCGCCGCUGCCCAGGGAAGCGCAGGCGACGUACCGCACGGCGCAGAGGCGCGAUGCAGAUGUGCUCGGCCUGCUCGUCAGCAUCUACGACUCGCCAUCACUGUUCGUCAAGGAGUUCGAAGCGCACCUGCAGCGACGCCUGUUGGACGCUGCCGACUACGAGACGUCGAGAGAGGUGCGGCAAGUCGAGAUGAUGAAAAUGCGCUUUGGCCCAUUGGACUGCUGCGAGGUCAUGCUGAAGGACGUGGCAGACUCCAAGCGCCUGAACGCGCACUGUGCGCAGGCGCUGCAGCGGUGGACAGCGGCGCCCAUGCACGCGCUAGUUGUCUCCAGACAGUUCUGGCCCUCGGCAGCCGCUCCGGCGCCCUUAUUCAGCUUGCCGGGCGAAAUGGCCGAGAUAUGUGACAAGUAUGCCGGUAUGUACGAGUCGCUCAGACCGGCGCGCAAGCUCGAGUGGGUGAUCUCGCAGGGACAUGUCACUCUAGAUGUUGAGCUUGGAGAUAGGGCGCUCAAGAUAACUGUCGGGCCGGACAAGGCUGCCCUGCUGAUGGCGUUCCAGGCCACGCCGCGCAUGACCGCGGCCGAGGCGGCAACGGCAAUCGAAUGCACGGAGGAGUUUGUCUUGCCGUUAGUGCGGUUCUGGCAGGCGCAGGGCGUGCUGCGCGAGUCUGCCGGCGCGUUCGAAGUGGCCGAGACUAUCCAGGAGGAGGCCUGGGACGCAGGGUCUGAGUCGGACUCUGAACACGUCGAUCUAGCUGGCGACAAGCACAAGGCGGAGGCAAUGCAGAUGCAUGCCAACUACAUAACCGGCAUGCUCACCAGCAUUGGUCCCUUGCCGCUGGACCGCAUCCAGGGGAUGCUGGCAAUGUUCCUGCCCGGCGACACAACCACGCUCGACGAGUUGCGUGAUCUGCUCGCGCUGAUGGUCCGUAACGACCGCUUGGAGCUGGUUGGCGGCACUUACAAGCUCAAAUAAAUACAAUUUUUUACCACAUGAACCUCUGCAGCACGCCCGGCUCCGAGUCCCAGGCGAAAGGCCGGUACAGAAACACCCACAGAGUGGCGAAAUUGAUGCAGCCAAACC